ACGUAAAUAAUUGAAUUAUUAGCAGCGAUGUGUCACAUCUCCCCGGCUUCCCCCAGGCCAUUUGCCUAUUAAUCUGCGUUCUGCUGUAUUAUGUGGAUAUAUUGGGUUAGCUAUUAAUUGGUACUAAUGAAGACUUAUAACAUAACAGCGUUAUAGAGAUUUACUCUUAUAAUAUUUUAGUAUAUUAUUACAGUACUUAUAAUAAUUAUAACGACUACGUAGGUAGUAGGUACCUAAGUACUGCAAUUACAAAAAAAAGACGAUGUGACAAUAAGUUCAUUUGCGAAAGGGAAUAUUGCUCAGUUUUCUCUGGAAUAUUGCUCAGUUUGACCAGUCAAUCAUGCGGUAAAAUUAUUCAGUAGCAGCCCUCCUAUCACAAACUUGUAUUAACAACGUUUUUCGGAUUCAAAAUGUAUUGAAAUUGGAUUAAGUACUUGGUAAAUGUGUCUCCGUUUUGACUUUGCGAUAACCCCUCAUUCUCAUUUAGAACGGUCAUUUAGAACCUGUAUUGUAUAAGCUGGACCUGUGGUAGGGUUCGAAGCUCAAGAAAAUCAUAAAAAUGUAUUCUUAGAUCCAUUUUUUAUCCUUUUUAUUUAAACUGCAUAUUAUGCAGACUAUAUUAGUCUAAAAAUGGAAUAUUUAUUUUUUCAGGUACUCCAACAAUACUGUUCAGCUUUGCCAGUUAGGAUAAAAUUGCGGUUGGUGAAACUUCUGUCUUCUGUAAUAGAUCUCCGGGCAUGGAGUAGCGUCGUGAUGGCGCGGUGACAGCAUGCGCCGCGACGUCGCCGCACUCUUGCGGCUGCUGUUGCUCGCAGGUGGCGCCAGCUUCAUCAACCCUGACGCUAUAGAAGAUCACAUCGACCUUAACCAAGUAUGGGUGGAGCUGCCGCGCGGCCACGUGGCUCUGGGGGGCGACGUACAUGUGCGGGUGCACGGGGCCUCGGGGGGCGCGGGAGCCUCGGGGGGUGCGGGGGGCGUGGGGGGCGCGGCGGGGGCGGGGCUGCGCGCGCGCCUCGCCCGGGACGGCGACGACGGCCGCGCGCUGCUCGCCACCAUGCCACUGACCUUGGACUCCGAGCGGCGCAUGACCCUCCCUUGUGGCUACUUCUCCCGCGGAGGCAUCUAUUACUUGGAGCUGGUGGCGGAUGUUAAGGAACCCUUCCUCCAAGACUAUGACAGUGUGAAUAGCAGUGACAGUUUCGCCAAACGCGAAGUGAACAUCGCAGAGAUGGACGAAGACAGUGCAAGCCAGCCAGUGUUGAUGGAGACUGGUGACAGUGUAGUGAAGUCGUGGCGGUUUGAAGUGUCGUGGCCGAGCGUGCGGCUGGCGGUCACCCCCGAGCUGAUACAAACCUACCCGGAGCGUCCAGUGACGGCUAUAGUGGAGUUUCCUGGCGUGGAGUGUGCGCCGCGGGAGUCUGGGGCGGACUUCUGGCUGGAGCUGCUGUUCUGCGGCCACUCGAGCGGUGGUGCCGUGCUGUGUGACGGCAGGAACACUAGCUCGCAUGCGCAUGUGCUGUACUCUGAGCAGAUGCACGGGUUCCCAGGGCGACGCACGAUGGCGCUGCGCUGCGAGCUGUUCGGCCAGGCCGGCGACUACGCACUCACGCUGCGCCCCGCAGCGGCCGGGCCCCGCGACCUGGCUGUCACCGCCUUCAUUAAGGCGGACUGGUCCGAGCAGUUCGUGCUGAACGUGCACGGCGGGUCGGUGCUGCCGUGCGGCGGCGGCGCGCGCGUUCUGUUCCAGUACCCCGCGUGCUCGCUGGAGGGCGCUGACCGCGUGCGCGUGUUCGGACGCGACGGGGCACGGAUGAAGUAUGUGGCGGAGCGACGGGUGCAGAGAGGGCAGCACACGGCGUCCUUCGACUGCCGGCUGUUCAGCGAGCGCUACCCGGAGUAUUGCUUCGUGUACGUGUCGCAGGCGGUCACCGGCGCCGUGGCUGAUGUCCGGAUGGACUGCCUGCCCACGCUGCCGCUAUCAGAAGGCGGCGCGGGGGGGUGGGGCGAGUGGUCGCCGUGGUCCCCGUGCCCCUCGCCGGACCACUGCAGCACCCGGACCAGGAGCCGCCACCGGUUCUGCGACUCGCCCCCGCCGGCCUACGGCGCCAAGUAUUGCGAGGGCCAAGCCGUCGAGCUAGCGGCAUGCGAGUGCGCGUCACGUCCGUGGGCGGGCGACGCGGUGGGCGUGGUGGCGGAGGUGGGCGCGCGCUGCCGCUGCGGCUGCGUGCUGCACCUCGCGCCGGCUGCUCGGCUGCUGGCCGGGUCCGCUCGGGCGUGCGCGGCGCGGUCGUUCUGGCUGUUGCAGGCAGAAGAAGGUUUGGUGGUGCGUCUGCGGUUUGAGUCGGUGCGUCUGCCGUGCCCGGGGCAGGCGCUGCGGGCGCGGGACGGGGACUCGCUCGCCUCGCCGCUGCUCGCCUCCUGGGACGGACCUGACGGCAACGCUAUUACGGGCGAGGCGACUCGCUUGGAGGGCGGCGCGGUGGAGCUGGCGGGCGGGAGACACAUCCUGGUGGAGCUUCGGUCCGCGGACACCAGCGACGCCUGCGCCGGCGGCUUCCUCGCACACGCUAUGCAGAUGGAACCAAUCCGCAACGCGUCCGAAGCGUGGGCCUCAGUCUCUGCCUCAAGCUGGUGGGUGGAGGGCGGCGGAGCGCGCGCGGCGGCGCUGGCGCUGGCCGGGGGCGCGGCGCUGGCGGCCGUGGCGCUGGCGUUGCACUCGGCGCAUCGGACUAGGGCCUACCAGCGGGCGGCGGAUAAGGAGUCGCUGACUGAUAGUGAUGCCUGUUCUCUCUCGUUGGAGCUGGGAGCCGCCACAGCGGGGUCGCGCAGCACGCUGCUGUCAGAGGUGGCGGGGGGUGCGGGGGGCGCGGGGGGCGCGCUGCGGCGGCUGCUGCCCGCGCGCCGGCACACGCGGUUGAGGGACGAGGGGGGCGGGGGCGACGGGCAGAGGGACGCAGAAGACGACGAAGCUACAUCGGAGCUCGACAACGAAGACGAGGACUGUGCCAGCGCCGCGAGCCACAACAGUGGGGCGAGCCAGGCGACCGUGACCCCUGAACGGGUCUCGGCCAGCAGCGCGCCGGCCGGGCAGCAGGCCACGCCUUCGCCGCUCAGAAGAUCGCAUACUAUUAGCACUGCCUCUGUGGUUAUAGAACAGGUCCGAUCACCUCCCCAAAGCUCAAUCAAGAGCGAGACUCAAUCAACAACAGCGGAUCUGAGCACCAGCAUCAGCAGUGUGAGCGAGAGGGAAGGCGACAGCUGCAGUGAGAAGGACAGGGACAGCCUGUGGGAGAAGGAGCGCUGUCAAAGUCGAGCUUCUUCUUCCACAUCUGCUGCCACUUUGACGAACGGUUGGUACUCCCCGGCGCUGAGCGGCGUGGCGGCGGCGCGCGUCCGCGGGAAUCCCAAGCACAGCAAGGAGUCGUCCAACCGCCGCCUGCUGCGGUCCGACCUCAGCCUCACCAGCCACCCGGAGAUGGAGAUAGACUACUACGACUAUGAAGUCAAUAAUGCCGGUUCAGCCCCGGGAUCAUACCUGGGCAUGGAUCCUGCGUUCCUGGUGUGGAUCCCUCCAAUUGAAGACGGUGACAUCAUCAGGGAGAUCGACGAAACACAGGUUCCCAUUUACGAGGAAAUCGUGCCUAAGGAACUUCACCCGGACCCUGGCAGCAACACCGAGUCACCAGAGGAACGACCAUCCUCCAGCACGCUGAAGAGAAACCUCGACAACCGCUCCGAGAAAUCCAACGGUUCCGUGAAGUCGACCCGCAAGGUCGUUGACCGAACCAACAUCAUCCACCCACUCAACUUCAGCAUCACCGACCUGCAACACUCACCCAAACUGAGAAGGAAUAAAAAAAAAAAAGAUAAUGAUAUCCCCAUGAAAGACCUCACUCUGACCAGGUCCCCAGUUAAAAUUCACACUAAAAGAGACCGAAGUGAGGUUGAUAAUAAUGCAACGCUCAAAAGAGUGAAUGACAAUGCGAGAGAAACUAGAGAUGACACCCUUAAGAGAACAUCAGAUCUCUCCGACAUCAAGUUUGCGGAUGAUUCAGAAUCGUCGAAUGAUAUCAAAUUUGCCGAUGAUGAUACACCAGAUAGUAAUAAAAUGAUUGAUAAAUUCGAUGUCAGAGUUUAAAGUGAAGUUGAUAUAGUGCCAACAUCGUACUUUGAAUAAUAAAUAAGAUACCAAAAUCUUAUACUAACAUAAAAUAAAUAUUUUAAACCUUCAUUUCUCUUCGUGUAUCUUAAAAGUAUAUUGUUCUCAUGAUUGUUUCCUCACUGUAGGACAUAAGGACCAAAAUACGUGUAUAAAUUUCAUAUCACUCCACAAACAUACUCACUAGCACAUACAUUUAAAAUUUCAUGUUCUAAAAUAAAUUAGAAAUAGAUUUUAUUCCAUAGUAACUAAAUGAAACAUUAGUAUUUGUAACGAUUAGCUAAUGCUAAUGUAGUAGAUAUAAAUUCGGAAGACUCUGAACGUAUACUAGUCAGUUUGGCUAUUGGCAUAUUGUCACAUAAUUUUGCCAUCGAUUUAUUCAAUUAAUUACAAUUUAUUAUUUUAAUUAGAAUGCUCAUUAAAAUGAACUCUAUAAUUUAAUGUAAAUACAACAAUAAUACCACAUAAUACUUAGAUUGUAAGCUUUUCCAAUGCAGAUUUUUGUUGAUAUGCAAUGUUUGCUGAAAUUAUGUUAGUAUUAUCAUGAGACUGAUCCUUAGGGCAGUGCAAUACGAUCCUAUUCUAUUUAUUCAGAGGUUUGGAGAAUCGACCUAAAAAUAUUCAUUGACGUGUUAACUUUUUAAAAAACUAAGUAGGUACCUCUACUACUGUUAAAAUAUAAAUUAUAAAUCAUAAAAAAAUACUACCGCAAAGCACUACAACACUUUGUGAGAACCAGUCGGGUACUUAUUAAAAUUAUUUCGUAUAAUUGAAUUUAUGGAUUAUUGCACCGGGAUCUCUAUGUUUGGGAUAAUUAUCUAGUCAUUUAUUACCAAAGCAUUUAUUAUUUACUAAACAAGAUCGCUCUGUUUUGUAAUAGUAAUUAAAUUAGGUGUAUUAUUUUUAAUGCAGUAUUUAUAAGAAUGAAAAAUUUUGCAAUACCUUCUAGUGUUAAGCGAUGUUGUUUCUAAUGUUAUUUUGGUUUGUAAACGGCGUCAAUAAAACGUUUUUGUUUUGUAUUUUAA